AUGUUAGUUCAAACAGUUGUUGAGUUAUUCAAACAUAAAUUAGUUACUAGUAUUAUAGUUUUAGCAUGUUGGCCUUCGCAUGACCAAGUUCUACUAUCUCGAUUGUUCUUCAAGCAUGAGAUGAUUGUCACUUUCUCGUGCGAUCCUGAAGUUUUGCAGCUAGCGCACCUGCACAAACUUCAGGGAGUGCUGUAUAUUCCAUCGGCGAACGAUUUAUUCCACAAGGUGAAACCCAAUUACUUUAGUAGCUGGUUCAAAUGGGUGGUAGUUGGUGAGAUUUUGCCGGAUAUCUUCAACACUGUUCGCUAUGACGCCGAUGUCCUAUUAAUCAAACAAAAAUGGGAUAAAUCCGAACACUAUAGCGGAAUAUCUCCCUCUACAAAUACAGUAUUCAUAGAUGACGUGUACAUCCACCCAAAUGAAGGCGUUUCCCUGCAUCCGUGGGCUAUUUGGACUAUUGGCAGUGGCUUGAAAAUUGUAUAUGACCGCAACAAAAUUUUAAGGCGACAAAAUUUAGAACAACAUCCUAUACGGAUCGCUACUCCGAUGGGUACGUAUGCAGAAGGAUGGUAUAACGGAACCCUCAAAGAGUACCUGCUGGACAUGAAGAUGUCUCACCGUGAACUAGGCGUUCGCAGCGGCUAUAUAAGCUCUGCACUUAUGAUUGAAUGGCUGAAUGCUUCUGAAGUAAUAGUCCCCACACUGCUGUGGGGGACAGAAGUGAACAACAGCAGCAUGGUGCUGAAACUGCGCUACGGCACCUCAGACCUCGGCGGUGGAGCGAUCCGGAUGAUGCCAGAGAGAUUACACAAACUGGACUAUCCUAUGCCUAUAUGGCCUUUUAACGUUGGAUUCACAUAUCUCGCCGAACGCGAGAGCAGCAGCAACAUGUUCAUGAAGCCUUUCACCAUCAGCGUGUGGUGGUGCACGCUGGGCCUCUUCAUCAUCCUGGCCCUGGCACAACGAGCCACGGCUAAGCACCCGGUGGAAAAGGAAGGGGCUUACAUCGCUGCUCUCGCUACGUAUUUGCAGCAAGAUGCCAGCGCAGUACCAGAAGGGGUCUCGGGACGUUGGUCCUUCUUAGUAUUGUCAAUAUCGGCGAUGCUCAUACACGCCUACUAUACUUCUGCCAUCGUAUCAGCCCUCAUGAGCACCGGUAGAGGCGGACCUGACUCUCUGCGAGCUUUGGGAGACUCGAAGUACUCCAUCGCUUCGGAAGACUACGACUACAUUAGAUACCUGAUGUUCGAUGUAAAAACAAACUGGGAUGACUUGGAAUAUCUUAAAAAGAAGAAAAAGACAUCGAAUUUUUAUAAGGAAAUCCUUGAUGGAGUGAGGAUGUUGCGAGCAGGUCAGACGGCCUACCAUACGGAGUUCAACCAGCUGUAUCCCCAUCUGAGGAGCUUCUCUGAUGAUCAGAUCUGCAAGCUGCAGUAUAUUGAUACUAUUCCAGAGGUUCUAACCUGGGUAACGGCAACAAAAAAUGGUCAAUGGACAUCAACCUUCAGAAUAGCAGGAGCUUGGCUACAUGAGAUAGGUUUGGCGGACCGUUGGGUGACCCGACUGCGCCUGAAGCCGCCCCCGUGUCGAGCGGCUCUGCUCGCUGAAAGAGUGACCAUAGACGACAUAGCACCGGUCCUGUUGCUGACUUUAGCAGGAGCAGUAACUUCUUUAAUGUUACUGGGGAUUGAGAUCCUAAUUGCUAAAUGGAAAACAAGAAAUACCAUAAUACUAUCGAAAUCUAGAUAUAAUUAUUAG